CAUUUGUAAAAAGUAAAUUCAAAAUGGAAAAAUAUAGGUGGCAGGAAUUUGUGAUCACGAAGAGAUAUGAUGGUCUUUUCCAUUCCAACACUUUUAUUUCAUACAGAAAUUGCAGCAGACGUUGUGAGCUGUUGAUAUUAUAAAGUGAACGGUAAAGUGAACGGCUGUUGUUCAUUUCGAGUUGUUAUGGAAACGUUUACAUCAAGAAACGAAAAUUCAAAGCAAGAUAUGAACAGAGAAGUUUACAAUAAAUCUGCUUCUAUUGUUAAUUCUAAACUCAAACAAUUUAGAAUCAGUCAUGAAAAGACAGACUUUGAUAAACGCGUGGAAGGAAAACCUCCUGUCGAUAAAAAAGUAAUUUCAAAUACUGUCAAUAAACGACUUGUGAAAUAUGGAUUAGUCACGCUACCAAGUUCUGCAAAGACACCAAAGCCACCAGAAGUACCAAAGUCUGCUACAUUUUGUGGUAAGGGUACACCUAGUAGGUUAGGAGGUGAUGGGGAAGCUUGCAAAGAGGAGGUUGAAGAUGAGCAGAUUGACUAUUGUUGUAUGGAAAGAUUACCAGGAGAUGGCUGCAUUUCUGAAUGCAAUGAAGAUGAUGAUAUUGACAAUCUUUCUGAUGGGUUCUAUGAAGAUGAUCUUUUAGAAGAAGGAAUUGAUGAUAUACAUGAUGAAUCUUGUUCAGAAGAGUUUUCCCAGCACAGCAGUUCUGGGGAAUCUCGACCAUCCACAGCAACAUCGAGAAUCAGUUCAGCACCAAGUGCAACUCUACGUCGUGAGAAACUUGUAAAAUCAUUAAAUGGCAAGAUCUCGAGAUCUUCAUUAAAAUCAGCUGAUAUUGGAUCAUCUAAAGGUCGUUGGAUUGCAUGUGGCACAGAAGAAAUCCGAUCUCCAUUAACUCCUAGUCUUUUUCCUAAUAAACCAUCGACUAUUCACUUUACAGUUGAUGGUGAACGAGUGCAUUCGUUUCCAUUGAAGAUCAAGAAGUUGCUGAAGUGGAAAAUGAGCACUAUCACUCCAAAUGUCGUAAAAUUAUGUAUUGCACGAUCUGGUUUUCGACCAACGAAAAAAAGCGACUGGCUUGGAUACUGGGGAAAGCACAUGAAAGCCGCAGCAUUUAAGUCAGUGCGAGAGCAUCAAAAGGUCAAUCAUUUCCCAGGAUCUUUUCAAAUUGGACGUAAGGAUAAACUGUGGAAGAAUCUUUCGAAACUGCAAACGCGUCACGGGAAGAAGGAAUUUGGUUUCAUUCCCCAGACCUUCGUGUUGCCGCACGAUUUUCGAAAUCUUAAAAGAGUUUGGGAGGAAGUGGGAAGUAGACAAAAGUGGAUUUUAAAACCACCGGCUUCGGCAAGAGGAAUUGGAAUAAGAGUUGUACAUAAAUGGACCCAAAUUCCUAAGAAGAGACCAGUUAUUGUCCAGAAAUAUCUGUCAAAACCGUAUCUUAUCAACGGGAGAAAGUUUGAUCUUCGCAUUUAUGUUUUUAUCUCAUCAUUCGAUCCCCUGCGCAUUUAUUUGUUCGAAGACGGCCUCACUCGCUUUGCUACCUGCAAGUAUUCUUCUUCAAGUAAAAGUUUAAGCAACAGAUUUAUGCACUUAACAAACUACAGCAUAAAUAAGAAGAAUGAGGAUGUGUAUACGCCAAAUAACGAUGAAGAUGCUUGUCAAGGCCACAAAUGGUCUUUAAAAGCUUUGUGGGGAUACUUAAAAAGAAUGGGUGUGAAUACAACACGUAUUUGGGAGGGUAUCAAAGAUAUCGUGGUCAAGACAAUAAUAAGUUGCGAAUCGACAGUUAAUUUGCUAAUGAAGCAAAAUGUCAGAGACAGUUACAGCUGUAACGAGUUGUUUGGUUUUGAUAUUAUGUUGGACGAGAAUUUGAAGCCGUGGAUUUUAGAAGUAAAUAUCUCACCCAGCUUACAUUCAACGUCACCACUUGAUAUGAGCAUCAAGGGUCAAAUGGUCCGUGAUCUGCUGAACAUAUCUGGCUAUCGUAUUCCUGAGAAUGGAGCGAGCAAUUCAGCAAGUAAUUCUAGUGGUGGCGCUUCUUCUUUGGACAAAGGAAGAUUGGUUUUAACUUCAGACCAGAAGGCAAAGCAUGGAUUUUAUGUUAACCAUCAGGGUAACGAGCGGGUACGAAUGACUAUAUUGGAUAUUUUGACCCCGGAAGAUAUGAAGAUUUUAAUGGAGACGGAGGAUGAAUAUAGCAGACGAGGCUGUUUUCAACGGAUAUUCCCAUCAGAAAACUCUCAAAAGUACCUGAAGUAUUUUGAAGCCCCGAGAUACCGAAACAUUUUGUUAGAUGAAUGGACAAAGAAAUAUUUACGAGAAGGUCGUCGAACAGCACUAGGUGUUGCGUUGCUCUGUACAUAUGCUCAACAAGGUAUUCAUUUGAAAACCUGUACCAGCGAUCCAAACCACCAGUGGGUUCCUCCUCAACAAAUGUUGAAUAAUCAAGCAUGUCAGCCAUCCAUAUUAUCACGAUCACUUUCUGCACCUGUAACGACCAGAUGGCCAGAAGAAAAAAUAAGUUCACCAAGUCAAGUUUUACUACCGAAUAUAAAGAGAAAGAUUGCUCGUUCUCAAGCACCAAAGAGCAUAACAAAUACGGGAACGAAAAACAAGACAGUUCAAACCAAAACUGGCAAAAACGCGUGAUUAUCUGAAGAAGCCAUUAUGUGAAGUGUUCAAUAAUCGACAAAGAAAACGUCCAGUACGAGGACGUACGAGGUUGACGUGUGUAGAUUUCAUGUGGACUCAGGACUGAGCCAGAGAUGAGAAAAGGUGGGGAGAGCAAGGAGUCCUGAAGGGGGGAGUUGACGCUGACACGCCUUCAGGCCGUCGUUUCAAUACUUAGACUCCGAUAUCGUUUGAUUUAAUAAUUCGCCGUUUGUGAUGUCGAGGGAAUUAUUUGCCCGUUAGAAGUCUAUAUGAACACUGAACAGAUGAACUUUUUUAUCAAAUUCUAUACGAAACAUUUCACAUACUUAACUAUUUGAAUAUAUUGUACACGGUUUAUCUUAUAGAAGAACAUAAUCCAACUUAGGCAUGCACGCUAAUGCAUUUCAGAUAUUCAGAGUGGAGAUUGAUAGAUUUUAAUGAAUCAAACUCUUAAUUGC